ACAAAAUCCAAAUUAAAUGCCGACAUUUUAGUUAAAUGCAUUAUCUCUAUUUUAAAAUUACUAUCACUUGUUUACGUCAGUGCUUAUCAAGGUAACUAGGUACGGCGUUCUGUAGUAUGGCUUUAAUUUGGUUAGAAUUAAGUUUUUUCAAAGCCUUCGUUAGCCUUAUGGUUUUGUUAGAAGAAACGAAAGGACUUCCACUAAUAAACAGAGAAGACUCAGAACCAGUCAGACAAGCAACAAAAUGCCAAUACAAAGGAACAACAUAUCUUGAAGGAUCAACAAUAAACAGUGGCGUGACAGCAGAUGGUUGCAAGUUUGCCUUGGUUUGUAAUUCUGGUGGAACAGUAUCCCAUUUACAGGAGCCAGACUGCCCUAGGCCAACAACCACUACUACAACUCUUAGUGGACCUAUCGGUUACUGCUUCUACAAUGGACAUAACUAUAAUCCUGGACAGCAAAUAAGUCAUGGUCAGUCAGGGAACUGGUGUUACUCCACAUACUGUAGUUAUGAUGGUCAAAUAUUAAAUGCAGACAACUUUAACUGUUCUCCUAAACCAACACCUAUCACAACUAUACCAGUGAUACAAGUUGGUUAAUACAGAUUAAAUCUUAUAUUACCUUUUUUGUCUUUUACUUAUAUCAUAAUAAUGCAAUAUGAUUGGUUAAAACCUUUGUCAUCAGGAACAUUUUUGGGCUUAUUUGGUCCUGCAAACUUACUUAAAGCUCAAAACUUGAAUGCUUUCAUUUUUUUUUUAUAUUGCAUUAAGAACCAGUUGGAUAAAUGCCUUCACAAAACUGUAAUAUUAAAUUAGAUGGCCCAAUUUGAAUGUGACAUAAUAGUGGUCACUUAUCAAAUUGUAAGAAAAAAAUAUAUUAAUUUCAGGAAACUUUCAGUAAAAUUGAUAGAGAGCACCAGCCUCAUAAACACUGUCUUUUGUGGGCAAGUAAAUAAACACAAAAUACACUUCCUGCGUGAAAAUUAUUUUUGGGGCAAGGAUUGUGCUUUAUUUUUUUUUUUUUUUGCAUAUUACAACAAAGGGUAAAGAUGUUUUUGCAAAAUUCACCAUGCUAUUAAAUUAAGUCUUUUUAUGGCUGUAUCAUUUACCUAUAAAGAGCAGCUAUUUGUUACUAAAAUUGCAAUGUUUUACAAUACAACUAAUUCUAAUGCCAAUUUGACCCCUAGUCCUACUUUUCCCAAAUGACAUUCUAAAACAAAUCUGCCUUUUUUACAUACAGUUUAAAUGUCCAAUCUUUUACCCCUGUCAACCUGUUUUGAAGAACCUACCUUUUGGGUUUGUUGUUAAUUUGUUUUCAUCGUAAAUAUAGAUGAAAUAUUUGCCACUGGAUGUUCAGCAAGCUAAUUAUGAAUACAAAUGAAUGAACGAGUGCUCUUUAUAAAAGUAAAUACACUUCUGUUGCUAGGGAGUUAUUUUUCUGCACCCAAGAUAAAUUCCCAACAUGAGUGCACUGACACUAUUGCUAGCAAAACUACAAAUAACAUGAUAUCAUCAGUAAUUAGCUACCAACAAAUGUUUGCCACAAAUCAGAAUUAAAUGAGAAUAUUUUGGUCAGUGUCUCCAAAUCAUCAAUCCUGUAAACUUUCAAAACAUUCCCCAUUGAGUUUCAGAGAGAAGAUAUUUGAAAAUUGGCACUUCAGAAUCAAAGAUUAUGCACCCAAGAUAAAUUCCUAACAUGAGCGCACUGACACUAUUGCUAGCAAAACUACAAAUAACAUGAUAUCAUCAGUAAUUAGCUACCAAAGACUGCACUAACGAAAUUACCAAUUUAUUGCUAAACACAAUUCUACCAACAUAUGUUUGCCACCAAAUCAGAAUUAAAUGAGGAUUUUUUGUUCAGGGUCUCCAAAUCAUCAAUCCUGUAAAGUUUCAAAACAUUCCCCAUUGAGUUUCAGAGAGAAGAUAUUUGAAAAUUGGCACUUCAGUAUCAAAGAUUAUGCAGCCAUGUUUUUCAUCCCUUCAAAACAAAAUGACUUUUGAUUCUACACACCUGCCACAUGUCAUUUCUGUCAAAUUUGGUUACAAUUUGUCAAGAGGUCUAGAGAUGAAGAUGAAAAUGUAAUUUCCAAGGGAUCUAUGUACAACUAGUGCCACCAUGUUUGCCACCUUAUCAACAUUAAAUGAGGAUCAUUUGUAAAGUGUCCCCAAGUUAUUACUCCUGUGACUGUGGUGUAAAACUAUUAUCGUAUGAACAAUCGUGAAGCCUCUAUUGAAAAUAACAUAUAAUAGCCUCUGAACCAUUCAGAUUGCCAAGAUUUAUUGAAAUU